AUGGUGAUCGUCCAAGACCCAUUUUUUAUUUUUUACCCAUAUUUCCCACGUCUUGGUCCUAAGCAUCAUCACCAUCAUCAGCAUCCUCACCGGCAUUCUUUUUGGUCCUCAGCAUUAUCUUCAUUAGCAGCAUACAUCAGUAGCAUUUAUCAGCAGAAUUCAUCGUCAGCAUUCAUCUUGGUCCUCAGCAUUAUCAUCAUCAGCAUUCAUCCUGGUCCUCAUCAGCAUCCUCACCGGCAUUCGUUUUGGUCCUCAUCAUCAUUAGCAUCCUCACCGGCAUUCAUCUUGGUCCUCAGCAUUACAGUGCCCGAGGAAAAUAUGUAG